AUGCACUCCAGGCAUGAAUCUUUAAAAUCUCUUGGCCAAAAACCUCAAAAGAAGAUUAUCGCUCCUUUUAAAAUUAUUCGUUAUAGCCCAAGUCUGGAAUCACAAGUUGUUGUCAGCAGCAGAAUCGAGAUUAAAAAGAAAAUCGACAUAAAAGGGAGCAUGACGCAUAGAAGAAAAGCUAAUUUAAGCGACACACAAGUGCUAAAAGAUCUUUCCUUUGAAAAUUUUGUAUAUAAAUCACCCACAAAUGUAUUUGAAAAUACAAGCAAUCAAAAUAACUGGAUAAGAAUGAAACAACUUAGCUGAAAAAAUUCAUCCUUAAGACACACACAAAUGGUAAAUUCCCCAAUCAGCCUCAUUAAAAUAAGAAAAAGCUCCUCAAUCAUAAGCAAAGACUCAAUAAAACCCUCCAAAAAAUUUUUGGUGCCUUUCCUAACUAAAUUUAUAUCUACAGAGAUUUCACACAUCCCAUACUUCAAUAUGAAUUUAGCUAAAAAAGAAGAGCCAAAUAAAGAAAGCCCACGACUAAAUCAGUUCUCUAAGCCCAGCAUUGCAAUUUUUGACACAAAAUGUACAGGAGGAUCUAUGCCUAAUAGCCGAGAAGGGUGCCAAGUUGCAAUUGUUGCAGAAAAGAUGUAUUUAUAUGCAGGAGAAAGCAGGAUUUUGCAUCCUGACGUAAGAGAGCUUGACUUGAUUAGUUGGAAAUGGAAUAUUUUGAAUACUCAGUAUUGCCCUCAAGGGAGAGCUGGGCAUUCUAUGGUAGUUUUUAAGAAGAAAAUUGUGGUUUUUGGAGGUUAUGCGUCGCAUACACAUGAUGGGACAAGAAGAUGCACAGCAAAGCUUAAUAUCCUUUCUCUCAAAGACCAAAAAUGACAAAUAUUUACAGGCUCAGGCCAAUUGCCCCAGGCAUUAAGAAAUCAUGCUGCAAGCAAAGUAGGCCGAUUUAUGGUGGUCUAUGGAGGAAUGAAUCAAAGAGGCCACACAACAAAUUGUUUAUAUAUAUAUGACUCCAAAGCUAAAGAAUGGUCAAUUCCAGAAAUAAAUGUCUUUGAUGAUCCUGGCUUUAGAUCACAUGCAACUCUGACAGGAAUUUUUUCUAAUGAGCAGCUUUUAGACUACCGAAGCAAUUUAUUUGAAAUCCAAGCCAAAAACCCUUUUCAGAUCUCAAAUGUAGGCUUCUACUUAUUUGGGGGCCUAAACUUUGAGUACAAGCCUUGCAACUGGUUCCACUGCCUUCAUAUCGUAAAUGAUAGCUUAAACUGAAUAGAAAUUAAAUCUGAAAAUGCUCCUUCACCAAGAUAUUCCCACUCUGCCUGCACAGCAAACUAUAGACUUUACAUUUUUGGAGGGAGGAAUGACGACUUAUAUGGCCAAGGAGGGUCAGAACUAAAUGAUUUGCAUAUGUUUAAUGUAGAAAACCUCAAGUGGGAAAGAGUUGAUAUUAAAGGAAGUGAGCCAGAAGGUAGAUGAGGCCACUGUAUGGCUUCAUAUGGAUCAAAACUGCUAGUUUUAGGAGGAAUGACCCAUAAGAAUUUCAUAUCUUCUCAGCUGUGCUAUUUUGAGACUAAUGCAGAUGUAGUUGAAGAGGUACUUUCAAGGAAUAAAAAUGGGAAAUAG